CGUCCAGGAGAAGGGAUAAAAAGCCAAGAAUCGUUGCGUCAUUAUGUUUCCCCCAUCUGUGCUUCUGUGAACAGCGGUUUCUGUUGCGAAGAGCUGCAAUGUCUGGUCGAGGGAAACAAGGCGGCAAAGUGAGGGCUAAGGCAAAGUCCAGGUCAUCUCGGGCUGGCUUGCAGUUCCCGGUGGGCCGUGUUCAUCGGCUUCUCCGGAAGGGUAAUUAUGCUGAGCGAGUUGGCGCUGGAGAACCUGUGUAUAUGGCUGCUGUCUUAGAGUAUCUGACUGCUGAGAUUCUCGAGUUGGCUGGCAACGCUGCGCGCGAUAACAAGAAAACCAGGAUCAUCCCCCGCCAUUUGCAACUCGCCAUCCGUAACGACGAGGAGCUCAACAAACUACUGGGGAAAGUCACUAUCGCUCAAGGAGGUGUUUUGCCUAAUAUCCAGGCUGUACUGCUGCCAAAGAAAACCGAAAGUCAUAAAGCCAAGAGCAAGUAAAAGUGAUCGACGAGAAACGGAAUAUCUGAAUCUGUGCAUGAAAAUUAAAUAAAAAAUAACCCAAAGGCUCUUUUCAGAGCCGCCCACAGGAUCAGAAAAGAGCUAAAUUAUCGUCUUACAGACUGAAUAAAGUGAGUACGGUUUGUAUUUUAAACUCAAUAAUUCUUUAGUACUUUUUUUCCCAAGGUUCCCUACAUUCCUGUGUUAAGUAAUAAACCUUUAGAGUAAUUAGUAGCUGUAAUACAAUGGAUUUCUAGAUGUUAUCUAUGUGAUUUAAAAUAUAUCUCGUUUUGGUACUUUUAUAUAAUAUAGGGAAAUUAAAAGUAAGUCAUAAAAUCUCAUUUCGGCUAUGCUCCGUAUUUAACCUGUCUCCUCGCUCAUUUUAUUGUGGUCUGGUCGUUCUCCUCCUCUUAAAUGCAUCAGUUUGAAGGUCACUCUGAAAAAGGACCCUUAGAGAGGUCAAUGAAUUUAGAGACUUGGCAAAAACACAAGCACAGCGAGAGGCGGAUGUACAAUAAAAAGGGUGAAAAGUACCAAGGUGCAUGUAUUGCUCACAUAAACACUAAAAAUAGCAUUAAUGGCUCUUCUUUUUGUGUGUGCUCUGAUUUAAGGGAAUAAAGUUUUCCUGCGAU